AUGUACCGUGGAUGUGAAAGCGAGCGGGACAUUGGAACUGGCAGUGGUUGGAAGAGAGAAAGCCCAGAGAAAAAUGGAGCCUUGUCUUUCUUGCGGGCGAUUUACAUCGCGUGCUUGAAGCUACGCGAGCUCGAAUUCAAAAUCUCCAAAACGCGCCUCCUUCUCGCCCGCCUGGCGCAAGAGAGCUAUUCCCUCAAAUAUGGCAUAAAUUGCGUUCAUGAUCCCGUCACCAGUCGUCUUCCUCCAGAAGUUAUUUCCCACAUCUUCGUACUCUGCGUCCCAGAGCCUAUAGACAUACCCAUUACAUUUGAGGACAAGGGCCCGUCGGCACCUCUCCUCAUUGGAGCCGUUUGCAAGAGGUGGCACGAGAUAGCAUGGUCGACUCCUGAUCUUUGGACAACACUUUACUUUUACCUGGAUCUCAACACCCUUCCUCAACAACAGAAACAAUUGGAACAGUGGCUUGUGCGAUCCGGCGAACUCCCACUUUCCAUCCAUCUUGGCAUAAAAAGACGAGUCGGUACCAUCUCGGCAUUUUACCCAUUCAUCGACAUCGUCAAUCAACAAUCCUAUCGAUGGAAGGGCCUGUACGUCUACCUGCCUCACAUAUUGGUUUCGCGUCUUCAAGUACACAACAUGACACGCUCAGUCCUGGAAAACCUCUGGGUAUUCCCUGCAGCAGGCGGUGGUCCUGAGUUGGGAGACAGUUCCGACGGCUUACUGAAGGGAACGACGGUUCACUCGCCCAAAAUCAUAUACAUCGGCGCCAUACAUUUCGGAUUAAUAAACAUAAAAUGGAACAAUGCGACAAGCGUGCAGCUAUCCCAAAUAUCUCUGUCCGAAUGCCUGCAUCUCUUUUCAUCAGCACCCUCCCUGAUAGACUGCAGUCUGCACUCCCUUACAGAGGACUCGCUGCAUAUCGCCGUUCCUUCAACAUCCACCAUACUCCAUCAACUUCGCCACCUGGAGAUCGAGGAUUCUUCCUGGAGCAUCUCCGAAGCUCUUGUCGAUCGGCUCUUGCUUCCAGCCUUGGACGUCCUCGAGGUCGAUGCGUGUAGUGCAGAGUCCCUUCGAUCCUUGUUCAUCCGGUCGAACUGCCCCAUUCGCACCCUGGCCAUUUCGGAAACCGAUGUGGGAGAUGGACUGCUCGUCCAAGUGUGCCAAACCAUUCCUUCCCUGGAAUAUCUGCAUAUCCUAGGCGAAUGCGGAUUUUUCGACAAAAUUUUCCACCAUCUCGGAACCCCCUCGCUCAUACCUGAAGAUGGUGGCCAGACAUUUUUGCCAAAGCUCAGAGAGAUUCAGGUUUCGGGCAUUCGCGGAUAUAAUUGGGCCUCAAUCCCUAAAAUUUUCGGCUUCCGGCCAGUAUCUGAAGAAGGGAAGAGACAUGCCCUGAAUGUCUCAUUCAACGUUUGUUUUCGGGGCGAAGACGAAUAUAUUGACGAGGCUGUGAUACCUGACAUCCUCAAGAUCGUUGCCCAGGGUGUUAAUCUAACUAUCACCGACGGGGACACUAGCUUCGACCUCAUCACCAUGUCCCAGGAGUAUCAUAAAGUGUUGCAGCAGAACAAGCAUAAAGUAUCGCAGCAGAACAAGCAAGCGACAGAAGACAGGAGCACCGACAGUCCUAUGAAAUCCGAUAUGGACGAUUGA